AUGAGAGUCCCAUCGUCUGACUUCAAUUUCACCCUCUCUCCGGGCCCCUCGUCCGAAAGAAUCUUCACCCCUUCACCUUCCCAAAGCAGCAGCCUCUUCGGGUCCCGGCCCGAUGCCCGAACGCCCUCAUCUGUUCCAUCUAGAUCAUCCUCACCAGCCUCUUCUAACGGUUAUAGUCAAACUCCACCUGGUAGCCUCUUUGGUGGACCACCUCACAGCAGCACGAGAACCUUCACCCCUGCGCCUCUCCUGAGCAGCAACAUCUUCGGGUCCAGCCCCAAUACCCGAACGUCUACUGUCCCGGCGAGAUCGUCAUCAGCACAUCUUUCUGACAAUGUUGGUCAAAAUCCAUUCGGUAGCCCCUUUGGUGGACCAAAUACUAGCGGCACGAGGAUCUUCAAUCCGCCACCUCUUCUGAGCAGCAGCAAUGUCGAUUCCGAUUACAAUGUGCGAACGCCCACAGUUGUCCCAGCUAGACCAUCACCACCAGGUUCCUCUGGCGAUAAUGGUCAAACUGCAUUAGGUAGCAUCUUUGGUGGAUCAUCCACUAUCAGCACGAGAUUUUUCACUUCUCCGCCUGCCCUGAGCGGCAGCGUCUUCGGUUCCAGCUUCACUGUCCGAACAUCAUCACCACGUUAUCCUGGUCAUCGUAGCCAAACUGCAUCAGCUAACAUCCUUGAUGAACCACAAACAAGCGGAACGAGGAUAUUCGACCCUUCGCCUGCCCUGAACAGCGUUCUCUCCGGGUCAAGACCCGACGUUAGAACGUCCUCUGCUGUCCCGGCCAGAUCGUCAUCAUCAGGCCCUUCUGGUGUUGAAUGUCAAACUCGAUCCGCUUGCCUCUUUAGUGGACCACUGGAUAGCGGUAUGAUCUUCUCGGGUUCGGGUCUUCCCGCAAGUGCAGGCCCCUCAAUGGACUUCACUAUGGCCCCUAGACUUCCGGAUCCGCAACCCAGCGUUUUGCCAAAUCUCAAUGCAAAUCGUAACAUGCCACGAGGUGCACCAGAUUUACCAGUUCAGACUGCUGUACCCACAGGACAUUCUAGUUUCAGGCCACGAGAGAGAGGCAUUAGCGUGGAAAUAGGUAGUGUGAAUGGACUUCCCGCAAACCGAGCAACAGAUCUGAUCCAAGAUACGAAUUUUUCGAGCACAUUACCCGUGGAUGAAGAUAUGCGUGGUUCGAAUAGGACUAGAGAUGAUCUCUUCCCUCCUGAUCCUAUCGAUGACCGGAAUCUCCAGGCUAAUCUCAAUGUCGUCAAAGUCCAGCUCCAGGAGCUUUCGCGCGUGAUUUCUGAGUGUCCACUGUCUCAAGACCCAGGGACAAGGUUACAUAAGAUUUACCAAGAAGCUAGAAAGCUCAGUGAGUACAAGGACCAGGAAAGGCGCAUUGUUGGAUUCAUAGGUGAAACCGGAGCAGGCAAGAGCUCCGUCAUCAACUCCAUACUCGAUCAGAGAGAUCUUGCACGCUCGAGUGGCGCAGGAGCCGCAUGUACUUCGGUCCCUACGGAGUUUCGAUAUGUGGAUGAAAAGCAUCCCCGCUCCUACACCAUAGAAGCUGAGUUUAUGGAUGAAAUAGAAGUCAAUGGUCUUCUAGAAGAGCUUCUGCGAAGCAUUCGACGAGCUUCGGUUCCGACCGACCGGAGUCUUGCCACAGGUGAAAACUGGGCCGAGUUCGAUGCGAUAAGCAAACGAUCGCAUAGAACCCUCAAGGAAAUCUUCAACAACCGGUCAGACUUGACAAUUGAGUAUCUCUCGCGCCCCGGAGCUGAAAUUGAGAUUCUGCAAGAGUUGAAAGCUCUGGCCUUAAAUCGAUUGAAAUCUGGGCCCGGAAGAUUGAGCUCACUGCAAUAUACUGCCGUCGCAGAUGACUUGGAGAGCUGUAAAGGCAAAUUGGACAGGUUGACAAAUAGCCCUGGGGACAGCAAUACACCUGCUCUGUGGCCUUUCAUCAAGCUGAUCAGGGUUUUCCUCGAGCUACCUGUGUUGAAGACCGGUUUGGUGCUUGCAGACCUACCAGGGCUGCGCGAUAUGAAUCAUGCGAGGGAAAUCUCGCCGGAAGAGUCUGCUCGUGGCACUGAUCCUCAUGCUAGACGUAUGCAGAAUAUGAAUGCAGAAAUCAAGAAGCUGGAGUCCAAUUUCGACAGUAUCGAGCACCAACAGCAAGAAUCACAGGGCCAGGGGAUAGCAGAUCGAGCUGUAAACUCUUGGGAAAACAAGAUACAAAACCUUUACUACGAGCGACGAGCGCUCCUUAUGAACCAACGAAACGACUCAACAAAGAGAGAUCUUGCAAGGGAAAUCUACAACGAUGAAAGGAAUGAAGCCAAGGACAUCAAAAUAUUCUGCGUUGGCAAUGAGCUUUAUGGAAAUCCUCCACAUAGGCUGGCAACAAAAUACCGAAACCUCAGCGGAGUCCGAGAGCUUCGUUCAUAUUGCCGAUCAGUCCCUGCAGAAGCUAGGAUGAUUUCCACUUUGGUCUUCAUCAAGGAACAAGCACCUGCUCUGCUAGAUUCCAUUCAUCAGUGGAUUCUGACAGGUCGUGAUUCUGUGAUCCCCGCGAGAGCCCAUGAGCUCCGAAGUGCACUGGAACAGGCAGAGCGAAGUCUACGUCUGGACUUUACCUCGGGUCGGGGGCAUCUCGCUCGCACGCAGAGUGAAUUGCAUUCUGAAUUUGAUAAUCAAGUCAUGCAUCAACUUCGUCAUUUUUCAGUUGCCCCUCAGGCAAUUGAAAAUCUCCUCUCGCUUUUGAGCCACAGAAAGGAAUACAUCAUCCAUAUUUUCAACAAAACUCUCGCGCAAAUAAUUCAAGAGACAGAAUCUACAAGAAACCACACCCUCAAUGGCCACAACAAUAGUUCGUUGAUUGCUGACCUUAUGCUUGAGGCGUACAAUGAAUGCAGCCGAGACGGAGGAAACGGAAGUUUUGAGAGACGCAAGAAUAUCAUGCGCGAUCAUUUGACAAAUAUGCAACUUUACAGAAAGUACACGGAUUCAGUGCAGUCGUCAUAUCUUGCGGCUUCGAACGAGCCGUUUGCUACGCUCAGGGACCAACUGCACGAGCAAAUUGAAAUGAUUGCGCGAGAUCUGCGCGGUGUAGUGGUUCCUGUGGGCGAGGUUUCGGAGCCAGAGAAAGCACCGGAGCUAGUGCGCAAGCUUGAGGCAAAACUUGGAACGCUGAACCAGGGUCUGCACAAUACGUUGGCACUGCUCAGGCGUUAG